AUGGAAGUGAUUUCGGAACCCACAGCGACGGCCGGCCGCCUCUUGUUUGGUAUCGCCGCCUACGUCGUCUUCAGCGCCAUGCUGCUCGGCUGCGUGGCCAUCGGCGUCUACUUUGGAUUCUUCAAGGUCGCCGUAAACGCCGAGCAGUACCUGCUAGGCGGACGCCGCAUGGCUAUGUUUCCCGUAGCUGUUUCUCUGGUAGCCAGCUCUAUCUCGGGCAUCACGCUUCUCGGCACGCCUACGGAACUCUAUCUUCGAGGCACGCAGUACGUCUUCAUAAACGUGUAGUUCUUCACGGCGUCUCUCUUCAUAGGCUUCACAUACCUUCCUGUGUUCCACGGCCUUCGAAUGACCUCCAACUACGAGUACCUGGAGAUGAGGUUUGGGAAGAGUGCCCGGCUGCUAGGCUCGUCCCUGUUUAUAGUUGGCAUUAUAUCGUGGAUUCCAAUUGUUAUGUACGUGCCUGCUCUCGCCUUUAAUCAAGUGACUGGCAUCAACGUGCACAUUGUGACUCCGAUUGUCUGCGCCGUGUGCAUAUUCUACACCUGCGUGGGCGGCCUUAAGGCGGUCGUGUGGACGGACGUCAUCCAGAGCGUACUAAUGUUCAUGGCAGUCAUUCUGGUGAUCGUCAAGGGCACAAUCGACGUCGGAGGACUGGGCACGGUCUGGCAGCGGAACGUGGACAGCGGCAGGAUAGAGCUACCUGACCUCGGGUUCGAACUCACGGCCCGCCACAGCUGGUUCGGCUUCCUCGUGGGCAAUUUCUUCGGCUGGUUGCCGAUCGGCGUCUCCCAGAUGACGCUGCAGAGGUUCGCCUCAGUCGAGAGCCUGCCCAAGGCGCGAAUGACAAUGUGGGUGUUCAUUACUGGUGCAAUGUUCCUCAUUAUGAUGAGCUGCUAUAUUGGUUUGCUCACUUAUGCAGUGUUCCAUGACUGCGAUCCUCUCAUUACUAAGAUAAACGAUAGCGAUAGUAAUCAACUGGUCCCGCUGUUGGUGAUGCAAGCCCUACAGGACUUACGUGGUCUGCCGGGAAUCUUUGUUGCGGGUAUCUUCAGCGCCGCCCUCAGAAUUCCAGCUGAUCUUUCGAUUGUUUCGACCGCUGCACAGGGUGCGAUCCUCGGAGGGCUAGCAGGCUGGAUCUUCAUGGGCUGGGUGGUGCUUGGCUCACAGGCGGUCAUGGCCGCCGGACUCAUCACCAUCCCCAGCAAGCCGGUGUCCAUCGCGGGCUGCAGCGCCGACCUCCUGCGCCACCUCAACACCACGGCCAUCACCGCAGCCGCCAACAGCACCAUCACGGCGGAUGCUGCAAGCUCUGUUCUGCCCAUCUACCGAGUGUCGUACCUGUGGUACACAAUGAUGGGCCUCGUGGUGACGCUGGUGACUGCACUGGCCAUCAGCCUGGUCACAGGGAAAAGGGACCUCGCCUCCGUGGACAGGAGUCUGGUGACGCCUCUGAUGCGGUGGGUGCUGCCCAAGGGCCGGAGGGCGACCGCCACCAGGGUGGACCGCGUCCGUAGCAGCAUCUCCACGUACGAAGGCUACAAGGCUGUCAAGAUGCAAGUUAUAUUCACAAACGAACAAAAGGAGAAGGAGAAAUCUUGA